GGAUUAGCCACUAGAUCAGACCCAAACUCCAAGUUGAGACUGGCGAUCAGGUCCAACGCUAUUCACGAAUCACGAAUCACAGGGACUUACGACACUAAUGGCGGCAGGUGUUAGGGCUUUCAUUGUCAGAAUUUUAUUUCUUGCCAAGACGCUAAUUGGGUCUGCCGCUGCAACUAGCUAGUAGAGAAAGGCGGGGGAAUUCUUCGGACUAAUCCAAGCUACAGUACGGCGACGGAAGUUUACAUACGGGUCCCCAUGACCUAGUUGAGCUAUAGGAGUACUCGAGCUAUAGUAUAACUACGGAAGUUUGCGUAUAGGUCUGUGCACAAAUUGCAAGCAUUUUUAGGGCCAUUGCAAGCAAUUGGGUGUUGUUUUACCGCAAGUCGUGCAUAGACGCGUAUGCAAACUAGCUUCUGUCGCCAUACUAUAGCUCAACCAGCCCCAUGGGGACCCCAGGGCAUGAAAGAUGGGGACCCCAGGAGUUGCUUCUGCUUAUUGAAUCAGCUCUCUCUGUAUAAUCACAUUUUAUGAUACGAUUAUCAAAGGUAGGCUUAGGGCGGCGUUGACACCGCCGACAGAAACUAUCUCAUCGAUUCCAAAGUCCUGUACUGUCCCGUCCCGUCCCAUAGCUGGUCUCGCUGUUGGAGAAGUCUGCCCAAAGGCUUGACCACCUCGAAUCCCAGAUAUAUAAACCUCAUGAAUGCCGCCACGGAAAUUACUUUCAGCAGGAUUCCGCACAACACAUGAGCAACAAUCUCUACAAUCGCUAUUCAUUGUUCUCUUAUUCGCAACAUAAGAUGGAGAAGCACAACGGCUCCGGUGUUCAGCAAAUUGAGACCACUGUGUCCAUUGCUCACGCAUCAGAUGAGAAGAGGAUCACAGGUAAAUCACUUGAGGAAGCCGCGGAACAAGGCAUUAUCGACGAGAAGGAUCUCAGUGUCCGCGAUGCAAUCAAAGCCUAUCCACAGGCCAUUCUCUGGUCAUUGGUCUUCUCUACCUGUGUUAUUAUGGAGGGAUACGAUACGAACCUUUUGUCAAACUUCUUCGCAUAUCCUUCUUUCCUGAUCAGAUACGGUAGAUUUGUUGGUGUAACACCGUCGACCCCCGUCGGAUACCAAUUGACUGCUGCGUGGCAAGCUGGUCUCUCGCAAUCUUCCGGUGUCGGUUCCAUCUUUGGAUGCCUUCUUAACGGCUACCUCGUCUCCAAAUUCGGCUCCAGGCGCGUUGUCUUAGGUGCUCUUAUCGCCAUGUCUCUCAGUAUAUUCGUCGUCUUCUUCGCACCCAGUCUCCCAGUUCUUGUCGUCGGAGAGAUUCUUUGCGGUUUCCCUUGGGGAAUUCUGGCCACCACCGCUCCGGCUUACGCAUCUGAGGUCCUUCCAACAGCCCUCCGCACCUACAUGACCUCAUACACUAACAUGUGCUUUAUUAUCGGUCAACUCAUCUCUGCCGGCGUCCUGAAGGGUCUUUCUACUCGAACUGAUCCGUGGGGUUACAAGAUUCCAUUCGCCCUCCAAUGGGUCUGGCCAGCUUUCCUCAUACCACUUGUUUACAUGGCUCCUGAGUCUCCGUGGUACCUCGUUAGAAUGGGCCGCAUCGAAGAGGCCGAGCAAUCUCUUCGCCGCCUCCAGUCCGUAAAGGCCACCCGCAUCGACCCGCGCAAAACACUCUCUUCUAUCAUCUACACUAAUAACCUCGAAGAGCAACUCUCUAUUGGAACCAGCUACUGGGAUUGCUUCAAGAGCUUCGAGCUACGCCGUACCGAAAUUGCAUGUGUUGUGUUUGCUGGUCAAAUCCUUUGCGGUAUCUGCUUUGCCUACAAUAGCUCUUACUUCUUCUCCCAAGUUGGCCUUGGCACCGACGCCACCUACUCCCUCGCACUCGGCGGAACUGCUCUAGCCCUGGUUGGUUGCUUCGUUAACUGGUUUGCUCUAAUGCCAUACUUUGGUCGCCGCACGAUCUACAUCUGGGGAAUGGGUAGUAUGUGCUUCGUCCUGAUCCUCAUUGGCAUUCUUAAUGUCUGGACUAAACACCCAUCAGUCGGCAUGUCUCAAGCCGUUCUCACCUUGCUCUGGACCUUCAUCUUCCAGCUAUCUGUAGGCCAGCUUGGCUGGGCACUUCCAGCCGAAAUCGGCUCUACCCGUCUCCGGCAAAAGACUAUCUGUCUUGCCCGUGACGCCUCAAACAUAACUGGAACCAUUGGUGGAACACUUCAGCAAUACUUCAUGAACCCUCAAGCCUGGAACCUCAAGGGUUACACUGGAUUCGUCUGGGGGGGGACCUGCUUUGGGAUGUUCGUGUGGAGUUAUUACCGUCUUCCUGAGACCUGGAAUAGAUCUUACCACGAGCUUGAUAUCCUUUUCGCCAAGAAGGUCCCAGCUAGACAGUUCGCCACUACCGUCGUUGACCCCUUUAAUGAUUCUGACACCAAGAUGCUGUUUUCAGAGUAUGCUCGCGAUACUACCAAGAGUGUUUAGGCAUGAAGGAGGUGGUGUUGAAUGCGUUGUUGGAAUAUUUAGUAGCUGAUCAUAAGAGCUAAAUUUAAGACUUGUCCACAAACGUCGAUUGUUG